GCUGUGAACAGUGGGUGAACAGUGGAGUAAACACGGCUGUUCCUCCGGUGCUCCCCGCUCCUGGAGACUCUGUGCGCGGCUUGACUCUGCCUCUGCUCCCGCUGGUCGUGGUUCUGUCCCGCUGACCUCUGACCUCUGCCCUCACGGCCUGGUUCGGUUCUGUUCGCGAUGUUGGAGCUGUACGCGGAUCUCCUGUCGCAGCCGUGCCGCGCCGUGCGCAUUCUGCUGCAGUGCACCGGGACCCCGCACACGCUCCGCUCUGUGGCGCUGCGCAAAGGAGAACAUCUGAGCCCAGACUUCUCCAAACUCAACCCCAUGAACAAGGUCCCAGUGCUGGUGGACGACGGCUUUGUCCUCACAGAGAGUGAUGCCAUCCUGAAGUACUUGGUGGCGCGCUGUGGGUUGGCAGAUCACUGGUUCCCGUCUGACCCCCAGAGACGAGCCCGAGUCGACGAGUACACGGCCUGGCACCACACCAACACCAGACCCCACGCAGCCAAAGUAUUUAUACUGCAGGUCCUGGUCCCCGCUCAGACUCGGUCUCCAGUGGAUGGUUCGGCUUUAGACCGGGCCCUGUCGGACUUGAACCGGACUCUGGACCAUCUGGAGUCCAUGUUCCUCCGGCGCCAGGCGUUUUUGUGUGGCACUGACAUCAGCAUCGCCGACCUGCUCUGUGUGUGCGAGCUCAUGCAGCCUCUAGGGGGCGACAGAGAUGUGCUGGAGUCCCGCCCACAGCUACAGCGUUGGAGGAGCCGUGUCCAAUCAGCUGUCGGCCCCGCCUUUGACCACGCCCACUCCGUCCUUUACUCCGUCCGAGACCGGUACAAAGCCAAGACCAGCCGGGCCCGACUUUAAUCCAGACCAGAGACCAGGUCCAAACCAGGUCCAGCCCAGAGACUGGGUCCAGUCCUGAGUCCAGACCCGGACUGGACCGGAGAGAACACAGAACUGAGGAGGCGUGUCUAAGGGGGCAUGUCUGAGCUGAUUGGGGCGUGUCUCAUGUUUAAAUGAGAAAUAUUCAGAAAAAAAAAAGUAUUUUUCAAUUAUAUUUCCCUAAAACUUUGUGCAAUUGAUUUAAUAAAAAGAAAUGACACAAUU